CCGUCUGUCUCACUGUCACCGUGUGACCUCACCUGACCACCGCGGGGCGAGGAGCGCGGCAGAGGAGAGGAGGCGCGCGCAUGGCGGGGGCUUCGCUGGAGGACGCGCUUGCCGCUACGGCCGCUGGUGGGAACCCCCGGCUGCUUGCGGGCGUCGCCGCCGACGGGAGGCGGCAGGGCGUCCCGGUGAUCGACUUGACGGCGGAGGAGGAGAAGGAAGCGGUGGCAACCCCACGCGGGGAGGGAGUCCCGGUGAUCGACUUGGCGGCUCCAGGAGAGGACGAGGAGGAAGGUCAAGGCGUGGGUGGCCCACGCGCGGGGAGCGUCCCGGUGAUCGACCUGACCCAAGAGGGCAGCGACGAGGAGGGAGAGCAGGAGGUCAAGUGGGUGGGGCAGUACUCGUCGACCCAGAGCAUCCUGCUCGUCGGCGACGGCGACUUCUCCUUCUCCUUGGCGCUCGCCGCGGGGUUCGGCUCGGGCGCCAACAUCGUCGCCACUUCUCUCGACUGCUAUGACACCCUGAAGAAGAAGUACAGCGAAGCAGAAUCCAAUUUGGCGGAUCUGAAAAAAUUGGGGGCAGUAAUUUUGCAUGGAGUAAAUGCGAAAACGAUGAAGCUUCGUACCGAUCUCAAGAUGAGGCGGUUUGAUAGGGUUGUUUUCAACUUCCCCCAUGCAGGGUUCAAAGGGAAAGAAGACCAACCACAUAUGAUCAACUCACAUAGGGGCCUGGUGAAAGACUUCUUCCGCAGUGCAAGCCUCCUGCUUCGACCAGAUGGGGAAGUUCAUGUCAGCCAUAAGACGAAGCACCCAUACAGAAAAUGGAACCUUGAAGGACUCGCUUCAGAGUUCACUCUCUUUCUGGUUGAGCAAGUUGACUUUCACAUUGAGGAUUAUCCUGAAUACAGCAACAAAAGAGGGGACGGGCUGCACUGUGAUCAGCCUUUUCUGCUAGGCAAGUGCAGCACUUUCAAGUUCAAGAUCGGAGACAUUAAGAAGAUGAAGAGGGUGCGCAAGCUUGGUCCAAUGCCGGACAGUGGGAGCAGCAGAAAUGCCCAUUUCAAUAACCAGCAAGUUGGUUUUGGUCAUUUAAAUCCAACUCUACUCGUUCCAGAAAUGGCCCAGCCUUAUAUUCCAUUUCAGAUGCCUAGCAUGCCGAUGUGCUCAGAGUUCUUCGACCAUGAAGCUGUUCAAAGGUGUCAUCCAGCAGAAACAGGUUGCAUCGCCCAGCCGAUCAGCGACACUGCAGGUGCUAUUCCUUGGGGUCAUUCUUGGCAUCCUUGGACUUGGGGCAGCUCUUGGUGAAGCUGUACAACUGCACUAGAGCCAUGCUGUGGCCAUGAGGCACAAACCGAGUGCAGUUAAACCAGACCUGUUUUCUGAAUACUUGUUCCCCGCAGAGCCACGAAGUUGUAACGAAUGCCGCGUACUUCAGUCGACCUACCUCUACCCAUUUAGCAGCUUGCUUAUGGUACGUGCGGUACAUUCAUUCAUACUUCUGAAUGGACAAGGUACGAACAGCAUUGUGGUGACGGAAUGCAGGCGCUUCGCCUGCAGUAAUUCUAACUUGCAACUUGCAUGCGUGUAUCGUUUGGUUUCUCCUGUGUUCGCUUGCACGUGUCCUGGAACCUUGCAAGCAUGCCAGAAGAAAGUGUUGGGCUAUAAUAAUUUUCCUGAA